GACAGAGAGGCCAGCUGCAUGUGGAUGUCAGCUGAGGGCUGAACGUGGGAGUGAAGGGAGCCGGGUGCUGACAGGAGCCCAUCCACAGGGAAACCCAGAGGACGUCCAGAAGGCAUCCAGCCAGGCAGUACACCAUGCAGGCUGUGGCGGGGGUGAGACAUGGGGUUUCGUGGAGCCUGUGUGCCAUGCUCUGCCUCUCUCUCUGGGGCUUGAGCCAGUGUCGAGGCUCCAGACAGGCCAGAGAGAAGAGGGAUCACCCCAGGGACCCUCUCCUUCUCAGGGCAAAACGGUCCCCCACUGAGGACACAAAGAAGUGCUCCUACACCUUCCUGAUACCAGAGCAGAAGAUCACAGGCCCCAUCUGUGCAAGUUCCACCGGUCCUGAGCCGGACAAGGAGCGAGUGACACGUGUGGACAUAGCAGAUGUUAGGGACGUUCUGUCAAAGCAAAGACGGGAGAUCGAGACCUUGCAACUAGUGGUUGACGUGGACGGUAACCUGGUGAACGAGAUGAAGCUGCUGAGGAAGGAGAGCAGGAACAUGAACUCCAGAGUCACCCAGCUCUACAUGCAGCUACUUCACGAGAUUAUCAGGAAGAGGGACAACUCCCUGGAGCUGGUCCAGCUGGAGAACCGGGUCCUAAACGUAACCUCAGAGAUGCUGAGGCUGGCGUCUCGUUACAAGGAGCUGGAGGGACGUUUUGCAAUGAUGGCGGGGGUGGUGAACAACCAGUCGGUGCUGAUCGCGGCGCUGGAGGAGCAGUGUCUUCGGACGCUGGGGCGUAACAGUGAGCUCCCCGUGGCCCCCCCGCUGGUUCAGGUGGUGCCAGAGAACAUCCCAGUCAACAGCCGAUUCACCAACGAGAUUCAGCGGGACAACAACAGAGCCUUCCCUCGGGGGUCACGCAUGGACUCCCCCACAGCGUCCCCUUUCGGAAUGAACCCGCCACCACAGGGCACUCUCACCUCAGACGGGCCUUUCAAGGACUGCUACCAGGUGCGCCUCGCGGGCCACAGCACCAGUGGGAUGUACCUGCUCCAGUCUGAGGGCAGUGACCGACUGAUCCAAGCCUGGUGUGAACACGGCCUGGACAAUGGAGGCUGGACAGUGCUGCAGCGGAGGAAGGAUGGGUCCGUCAACUUCUUCAGGAACUGGGACAACUACAAGAAAGGCUUUGGGAACAUUGACGGUGAGUACUGGCUGGGUCUGGAGAACAUCUAUAACCUGGGGAAACAGAGGGACUACAGGCUGUUGGUGGAGCUGGAGGACUGGAUGGGAAAGAAGGUCUAUGCUGAGUACAGCAGCUUCCACCUGGAGCCGGAGAACGAGGGCUACCGCCUGAGGCUGGGUACUUACCAGGGAAACGCUGGAGACUCCCUCAGCAGCCACAACGGCAAAAUGUUCACCACUCUGGACAGAGACAAGGACGCGUUCUCAGGUAACUGUGCCCACUUCCACAAAGGGGGCUGGUGGUACAACGCCUGUGGCCAGACCAACCUGAACGGAGUCUGGUACAGCGGAGGGGUUUACCGCAGUAAGUUCCAGGACGGAAUCUUCUGGGCCGAGUACGGAGGAGGAUUCUACUCCCUCAAGUCCGUCCGCAUGAUGAUCCGACCAAUCGACUGAGGCCGGGGCAGGCAGUCCUACUGUACGCCGUGUUUUGACCUAUCGUGACCCACUCACCCUUAAACCCAGUCAGCUUCUCCACCAAGCUGCCGGUCCUUACCAAGCUUCCUUCCGUAAUCCCGUUUCUCAAGCGACCCAAAGGAGCGGACUUCAACCGCCCAAGACGGCUUCAGUAAAACCCCAGGUAUUUGCCACCGAAGGUAACGCGGCGCCGUCUCAGCGGUGCCCCACUUUGUCCAUUCUACAAGGGCCAGGCAGCCACAUGGGAGUGCUGUGACGACAGCAGUGGGCAGCAUGGACUAAUACAGACGGCCAACCACCGCCGUCUACUACAGUCUACCGGUUUGCUAUGCCCUGCCCCCUCCUCACACUUCAAUACCCCACAUAGGUGACUGCGUUAGGAAUCUGGGAGAUGCCAACUACACAAAUAAGGACUGGAGGUUUUAUUUUGCUGUCGAGUUUGUCUGCAGCCAGGUUUGUUGCUAAGCACAUUGCCAGCGAAUGACUUUCACAGUGAAGUAAGGAUUUAAUUGCACGUUUCUUAUGACGUUAUCAGUUUAAAAUGGGUUGCGAGGCAGGUGCCGUCCACCAGGCAUACAGGUCAGGACUUGGUAGGUCUUUAUGUACAGACUGCUCCAUCCCCGUUGCUUUGUUUGGGUUUGUUGUUUCGGGGUUCCCACGAGCACCCUGAGGAAAUGGACACUAAUUAACACUGUGCUCUGUGAUCGUGGGGACCCCCCAGCUCUCAUCGGAAUGUAAAUAUAUUUGGCUAUAUUUGUGAAAGUUAAUUUAAGAGGUAUGAUUCUGCUCAGGCCAAACGUUCCCUCGCUGCCAUCUGUACGUUCUGUUAUUUAUCAACGUAUUUAUAAAAUGAACACAGUCAUAGUCCCGCCCUGCUCCACGUAGCCCUGAUACAGCCAGCCUGUUUAUUCCAGUUAGGAGUCUGGCAUACACACAGACGAAUGUCAGUUUGACAAAGGUGAAUCCCUGCCACGGUCUGCCAUCCGUUUCCAUGGAGCUCAAUACCAAAUAAAAAAGUAUUUUCUAAAUA